UAUGUACCUACCAAAGGCCGAUUGUGAUUGAAAUUUUUUGUUGUAAAAUAUUCCUAUUAAAACUUCGAUGGGGUGCCUACAAAGUAAAAAGGAUUCCUCCGAUAUUCAUCCAAACGUUUUCCGAGUUGUUAAUAUUGACGAGCACGGCGGCGAUCUUUGUUCGGGGCAGCUGGAGAUUACGGAGUCUGAUAUCAUUUUGUACAGAGAAGGGAGAGAUUCGACCGUUUGGCCUCUGCACUCACUUAGAAGAUAUGGAUUCGAGGGCGACCUCUUUAGUUUUGAAUCAGGGAGAAGAUGUGAAACUGGUGAGGGCAUCUAUGCAUUCAGAUGUCGCAGAGCAUCUAUACUGUUUCGAACUCUUCAACAACAAAUCCAGCUGCGUAAUGUUAUACAUGAUACCAUGCCAUACCCUGUUUCAAGAAUGAGUCCAUUGCCACAAGCACGACAGACACUGCAGGCUAGUGUCAUUCAUCGGUCCUCAGUGGACAAUGGUCAACCGGAAUUGCCUCACAGCCAAAUGGUAAAUGACAACUUUCCUAACAAUGUCCCUCAUAAUGGUGUCAGAGUUUCGACUCAAUCACCGAGGUCGCCUUCCAGUGCAGACAUCUUAGAAGUAAUGCCUCUGUAUCCGCGCUCACAGACAAAUGGCAAUCAUGUUACAAAUGUAUAUCAAAUGAGGGAUUUCAAAAGGGAACACAACAACAACACUCAACAACAGGCAUUGAAUAUACAGCAUGUGUAUAGUAAUGACCUGAAUAGAGAUCUGGCUAUUCUCAGAAAUAAUUUAAGACAAGAGGCAGCCCUGAAUACUAUGAGAGAUAUUGAAGAUGAGACCCUGUUCCUUGAAAGGAGGUAUAUAAAUGAAAAUAUUCCAAACAAAAUAGUUAACAAUCCCAUUUCCCCAACAUUGAGCAACUCUAGUGAGCAUUAUGCUCAGCUCAAUAUUGACCAGGAAGAUGCUGCGAAGCAGGAAUCUGCAAGACUUUACAUGAACAUCUUGCCUACAGAGAACACAUUGACUGAUACAAAUAAAAAUGACACAGCUCCCUCAACUCCACUGACUCCCAAACCUGUUGAAUAUUGCAAUCUUUCUAUAGGUACGAAGGUGGAAAUGAAUGCAUAUGCAAAUUUGUCACUAGGAGAUUUAGGAGAAGGCAUCAAGAACGCGAAACAGUCUUCACAAUCCGAGCACAACCAGAAGUUUUCCGAAUCUGAUACAUUUACAUCAAUGUCACCAGUCGAGGAACUUGAAGUUAAUUAUGCGAUUCUGGACAUUGAUUCUAAUAAAGAACAAGUGAAAGCGACCAGGGAAUUAGCUUCUCCUGAGUCCCAAUCGUACAACAGUUCACGCAAUGAGAGUACUCCGUCAUGUUCUUCUCAGCCGAGAAGUCGUUUAGUGUCACAGGGCAGCAUGGAGAAAUCCACUUCUACUAAUACCACGACUACUGCACCAUCAGCUACUAUAGGGUACACUACAAUUGAUUUUGAUAAAACAGUAGCUCUCACUUCUGUCGCAGCCGGAGCAGAAAUGGAUGGCGAUGGACAGAGGAAGACAAGGCAUGACUCAUGUACUGUUUUCUGUGGAAGUCCAAGCAGCGUCGAUAAAAGUAAGGGCAGUAAUAACUAAACACUAAAUUGAUAAAUUAAAUAUAUCAUAUAAUAAGUUAGUUUAUAUAUAAAUGGUGCCAAAGAGUCGAUAGAUAUAAGUAUAUAAAAUUUAAUGAAUGCCAUUUUUACACCAAAAUUGUAAAUAUACAAACUAUUGUCGUUAAUUUUUAAUGAUAUUAUGUAUGCAUAGAGUUGAAGGAGAAACAAGAAAGACAAUGAAGUUUUCUAUAAUUUAAAUAAAAGUCAUGAACAAUACUAUAUUAAUUAUAUAUUAUAACGUAUAUUCUUCAAUAUCAACUCUGUAAUCUACAUAUUAUCAAUAAGAAAUAUUGUAUGAUACAAAGAGUUAAAGCCAAAAUAUAUUAUUUUUUUGGUUGUAACAUAAUAAAACACCUAAUUAAAAAAAUAUGUAGGCAUAACCGAAAACAAAUAUUGUAGUCCAAAUCGAAAGGUUGCUAUAAUUUAUUUUAAUUCAUAAUCUGGUUGUACCAAAUAGUGGUAUAAUAUGGUUUUAUACUGCCGUAAUAAGUAUGUCAGUUCCAAAGGGAUAUGUGAUGCCACAUAGCGCAAUAGUGCUUAGACUGAAAAUUUGCCAAAUAUUUUGUUACAUACAAAGCAUAAUAGGUAAAUAAUAAUGGUACAGAAGUGAUGAUACACAUCAAGAUGUUGAAUCCUAGAAUUUAGGAACCUAAAUGUAAGAUAAAUUUAAGAGGCUAUAUUAUAGAGAUGUGUUAUAUAGUAUUUAGCCGGUGAUGUGCCGCCAAGAAAUUAUCAGAGGACGAAGUGGCAGGUUUAUAUUUCACAUUUCAAGUGAGACGCAGCGAACAUUGCGUGUCAAUGCGGUGUGGUUGACGUUGCGUCACAAUGACGCACUGUGCGUCUCACUGCGAAUCGACUCGACGGUGAGAUGUAAUAUCAAAGUCGCACUAUGCACACUGCUCUGAUAAGUUACCUUGAAAUUUUCUAGAAAUUCUCAUCGGAAAUCAGAAGAAAUUUCCGAUAAGUUUCCAUAGAAUCUUGGAAAUUUUGGAAACUGCACAUCAUUAGUAACAUAUGUUGACUUGUUGUACCACUCAAAAUAUAAUGAGGAAUUCUCUUAGGUACAGUACGUAGAUAGAUGUGCACACAUACAUAUUUUGCCUUCGCAUUCACCUUUGCAAUAACAUAGAUAACUCAUUUAUUUUAUUCUGCAAAACAUAUUAUACAGAAUUAUAUAGAACUAGCGGCCCGUCCUGGCUUCGCUCGGGUAAAAACAUAAUAAAAAAUUUAUUUAAUAAUUAGCAUAUGUUACUCCAGAACAUUUCUUCUAUCUCUUUAUUUGAGUUUAUUAAUCACAAACAAAAAUACACACCUUUUCCCUUUAUAAUACCUCUAUUAUUAUAUGUUAUAUAAAAUAGAUGACAUACAAAAGAGUAACAACUUAUAUAAAUAAUAGAAUCGUUAUAGUUUAGAAACAAACUGGGAUAUUAAAAAGGCACACUCGUAAAUUAAGUUACAAUAAGAAAUCAGAUAAACAUUUCAAAAUUUUAUAUUAAAAUAUGUACAGUCAACAGCUCAUCCACCUACCUAACCAAAAUCAUUGCACACUCGCCUCUAUUACCGCGUCAUAAUGGUUCAUGCAGGGUAACUUGAUGUACUGUUGACUGUACAGAUCCCUAGCUCACACGGAUGUCAUUUGAAAAAUUGUAAAUUGAACGUAGUAUCUACAUGACAUUUUAUUUAAAAUAAUAUAUUUUGUAUUUACGUAUAGUAAUACCGUCCUUGGCAACGAAUUGUUAAAAACCAUUGGGCUAUUUGUAUGAAGGGCGUGAAUAGAAAAAAAUAUUUGGAAAAGUGCAGUGCGAAAUUUUCUUGUCGAAAUCAAAUUAAUUAAACAAAUGCGUACGUACCGAAUACAUUAUUGUUGUAAUUUUCGUAAGCUGAGAAUUAAGACUUUCUUGCAUUUAGAUGAAUGAGUUAAGUUUACCCGCUAAGUGUAUCUGUCUGUUUGUCUGUGUCUGUCUGUGUACGUAGCGUCAUAGCUCAUCAACGGGUGAACCGAUUUGGAUCCGGUUUUUUUUUUUAAUUUGAUUGUUAAUUUUUAUGCGGCGGUUCCUAGAUAUGUUUGAUCAUAAUCGGUUUAGUCGUUCAAAAGUUGUAGCGAAAUUAAUAUUGAAUGUCGGCGGUUUUUUAAUUUGUUUAACAAAUUAACUUGUAAAUGAUUCUUUUGAACCAAAAUACAACGUGAUUUUUUGAAAACCAGUUAAUUUUAAGAUUUAUCUUAGUGAUUUUAAAAAGCUUGCCAAAGAAAUCAACUUCGUCUUCUAUACAUUUUGCAUUUGAGCAUGUGUGAAUAUUAAAAAAAUAAUCUGCGCCACGAAGGAAGCCCCUGGACGCGGCGCUACAGUCACUGAUAUCAACAACGUAGCCUGUUAUUAUAGUAUAGUUCCAUAUAAUGCCACGUCUUUUGUGGCGUUAAAUUUUGUUUUAUUACUCUGACAAUUUCGCUGGUGUUAAAAAAUCACUGUAUAUUUAUUGACGCAUUUUCAAGUCUUUAAUGUUUCAAUAGGUAGAUGAGAUGUUGUAGUUACAUUGGUGUUCUUAUUGUAUUAGAGAAUAGUGUUCAAUGGGUUCAUGAAAUAAAUCGACUAUUUAAAUAAGCAUAGACAACUGCAUGCCAAGUUACCCUAUAGUCACCUCUUUGCUGCUGCUAUAGAGGCGAAUUUGAUUUGGAGCGUUACCCAUCUAUUGAUAGUUAUAAUCGAAAAAGGGCAUACUACAUCGAUAGUAUCAAUACUAUAUAGUUCUUUAUCAACAGUAUUGCACCAAAACCGGCUAUAUAUCGAUAUUAUAUAUAUAUAACUAUCGAUAGUCUAUCGAAACGCUACGAUAGCUUAAUAUGGGCAACGCUACUACGAAUUGGGGAAACUUAUGGAAAUAUCCAAGUAAAAUAUGGCUGUUCAUAAUUUCUGUAAUUGCGUAAGUAGUAAUAAAAGUUUAUAUUUUUUGUAAACCUAGCUAUAUAAAUGGAUAUAUAGUAAGUAAAACUGUAAAUUGUAGAAAUCAAUGUUUGCGUAGGACGUUACCUAAUGCUUAAAUAUCCAAAGUACAAGAUAGACUAAGUACAAUGCAACCAAAAACGUGAUCUGCCGUGUACCCAAUGAUAAAUAAAUCAGUUUUUU